GUAGCUGGCCAAGAAAUACGAACACGGCCCUCCCACGCAUCUCUCAAUGAAUGCCGUGCGGACGCAGAUUUGAUUUGUAAUCAUCCACGCCGCUGUUGUUGCUUUCCAAAGUGAAGAGACAGGAAUGCCAUGGCUACUCAGAACAACCAGGAUUAUUAUAGAUCUGUUAGCAGCGAGUCCACAACAUACAUGAUGGUCCCAGCGAACAGUCGACGAGACGCACCUUCAAAGUUAUGGAUAGCGAUGGUCGUUAUCGUGGUGGUGGUUCUUCAGAUAGCCUCUACCACCGGACUAUUUGUCUACCUUAACAUGUCACUGUCACAGGUGAAAAGCCAAGGCGUCACCGAGGAGCUGCGUUGUCUGGGGCUACUCAACGCCCUGGACAAAGACCAGGACAUCCCCGAGAACCUGGCCCAGCUUUUUGGGGAGCCAUGCAUCAAGCUGGCCGAGGGCAUCAAGGCCUACAUCUCCAAGGUGACAGAGAACCUCAUCUCACAGCGGGGAUUCCCAGAGCCAAGAACAAUGCCUCGCUCGUCAUACAACACGUCUGCUGUUAAGCUGCUGAACACAGUACCACAGAGGCCCUCUGCGCACCUCACACUCAGAGAUGGGCUCUCAGGUGAGGGCUCCUACCCCAACCCACAGCCAGACCUGCACCAGUCAUGCCGACACCCGGUGCGCACCUGGGGCAACGGCAGCUUCGGAGCGCACCUGCGCAACAUGACCCUGGCCAACGGGCGUCUGCGCGUGCCCCUGGACGGCCGCUACUACCUGUACGCCCAGGUGUACUUCCGCUACCCGUCGCCCAGUUCCGAGUCGGACCAGUCGGGCGCCAGCCACCAGCUGGUCCAGUGCAUCUACAAGAAGACCAACUACCUGCGGCCGAUACAGCUGCUGAAAGGGGUGGGCACCAAGUGCUGGGCACCGGACGCCGAGUACGCGCUGCACUCUGUCUACCAGGGCGGCCUGUUCGAGCUACGCGCUGGCGACGAGGUCUUCGUCUCGGUCUCAUCGCCCACCAUGGUCAACGCCGAGGACUCGGCUAGUUACUUCGGCUUGUUCCGGCUGGACCUGUGAGAGAGAUGGAGACAGACAGAGAGAGAGAGAGAGAGAAGGAAGGAUGGAAGGAUGGAUGGAUGGAUAGAUAGAUAGAUAGAUAGAUAGAUAGAUAGAUGGAUGGAUGGAGGGCGAUGAGAUGAAGGAAGAGAGGAAGAAAUAAAAAGAGUGAGAAAGAAGGAAAAGGGACGCGUAACUAUGGGGAAGGAGAAAGCACAGGGACUGCCACGCUAAAAGACUACGUUACCCAUAAGGCAUCUGUGCUGUGUGCUGUGUAGAGGAGAGGAGAGGAGUGGUGUGGCGUGGGCCUUUGCUGAGACGUGCCUUAAUGUGGUUGUGGUGGUUGACAUGAGGAAGGAAUUUUAACCGUUUUUCUUUUUUUUUUUAAUUCUCUAGUUUUUAUGAGCCUGGACUCAAUCUCCCAUCCACAUGAAAGACAGAGGAAUGAAUGUAUUUUUCUAAGCCAAAUCAAUGGAUCUUGCAAUGCGUAUCAAAAUGGAUGACCAAAGCCUGUGUUUUGUUAUUAUUAUUAUUGUUAUUAUUAUUAUUAUUAUUGUUAUUGUUGUUGUUGUUGUUGUUCUUGUUUCAUGUUUUCGAUGUAGCUUGCAAGCCAAUUGUGUUUGUUUUGAAUGGAACAACCAGAGAGCACAUAAAAUGCUUUCUGGACGGGAUUGGAAACUGGACAAUUCACAUAGCAAGAACUCCGCAUCCGUUUGGUGCUUCAUCACAGAUGUGUGUGUAUUCUCUCGGGAGAGGUGCCUGCGUGAAUGUGUGGGCCAGGAGAGAGAGCCCUCGAAGGCAGGGGACUGGUUCGAGCUCCGAGAGAUGUCGUUCCACCGGAACCUCUGCAGAACUUUUAAACGAGCGAGCAAGCGAGCGAUUCCUCUGCAGGAAUCUACCCACUCCUGUCCAACCUGAGAGGCAUCCUGCUCAAGACAAGCCCAUCCGUCACGCAAGCAAACACACACACACACACACACACACAUAUUUCUUACCACCUUAGGGUCAUAAACAGCUGAAGAGCCGGUACUCGCCAACACACACUCCAUGUGUAUAUUUUCUCACAGACACACAUCACUACCUACCUGCUCACUUCAAACACAAAUACACAAACCACACAAGGAGAACCACACAAAGAGAAAACCAAAGAUAAACACUUAGAUUAUAGACCAUGUGCACCGACAUCUGAGAGUAAUUUGGAUGAUUCAGUGCCAGUCAAGUGGACGUGAUACUGAAUGCAUGUUUUAUAACAGACAAAGCAUGUUAAUUAAUGCAUAGUCGGUAUAGGGGGUUCCCACCAAAGGCUUGUGUGCACACAUU